AUAAAUAUGUAAGUAAGUAAUUAAUUUUCUUUGAUCGUUUUACGUGACAAACUGUUAGAGAUGGCGUUUCACAUUUUCAUUUCAUGUCGAAAAAGAAGGUACAACUUGCAUCUCUCUGUGUCUCUGAGCCUGCGCUAAUCAUAGCAUAGCACAGCUGAUCCCGUAAUGUCACAUGCUGUAACGCGCUAUACAUUGCUAACUAUGAAAUAGUAACUGUGAGAGAACGGUAUAAACACUUUAGAGCCUAACUUACACGCACUCGUAGAAAUUCAAGCGUUUCUGAUACGUGGUGAAGUAUUUAAGAAAAAAUGUACCAAUAAAAUUGUUCGUUGAUGUUAGAUGGGUGCGAAAUAUCGAGAGGAUAUCGACAAACGCAGAAGUAUAAAUCGUAUGAACAAUAUCCGUUGGUUUGUGAGUCCUAAUUGUUGAACUAUAGUCAGCGGUUAUGGUAUAUUUAUCGGGUGUCUGGGGUAUGGGAGAGACUAAAUCGGAGUGCCACAGUACAAAUAGUUCUUCCUCCUUUCUGCAGGAAAAUGACGAAGAAGUUGCGUUGUUACCACUUAAAAAUCAGGUUGGCGGACAUACAAGAUUACUUCUACUCAAUCAAAAUACUAUUUGCAAACCAUUAAACUGCAGGGAACUCGAUUUUUAUCAAAACAUUCCACAAGAUAUACAGAUCUUUGUUCCAAAAUUUAAAGGAGUUCUUCAAGCUUCCAAUAGCGGCGAGAUAACAUUGGAUAAACGGUACAGUCCUAGCUUCCGAGAACAAGAUAAUAGACAAGGACACGGUUCAACAAAAAGGAAACGAGAUGAUGUGCUAAGGAUGAAAAUUCAUCGCGAUAACACUUUAACGGGAAUAUUAAAACCAGGAGUGCAUUUGGACAAUGCAUCGAACAGACAGUAUUUCCUUCUGCUGGAAAAUAUAACGUCCCAAUAUACUCACCCGUGUAUAUUGGAUUUAAAAAUGGGAACCAGACAACACGGUGACGAUGCAUCAGCCGAAAAACGUAAUAAACAAAUUGCAAAGUGUGCUGCCAGUACAUCAGCUUCUUUGGGUGUUAGACUAUGCGGAAUGCAGGUGUACCAAGCAGAUACCAAUCAUUACGUGAAAAAAGACAAGUAUUGGGGCAGAGAAUUGAACGAAGAAGGCUUCAAAGCAGCGUUGUAUCGCUUUUUUCAUAACGGUUUUUGCUUACGAACAAUGGUUAUCGAAAAAGUGGUGUCUCGGUUAGAACAAUUACGACAUGCCAUCGAAAGGCAAAGUAGCUAUCGAUUUUAUUCGUGUUCGUUAUUAGUUGUUUACGAGGGUUGUCAAACGGACGAUUUGUCGGGACUCGGCCGGUCUUCGUCUACGUUACGAAUGGAAGAAGAAUCGAGCGAUUCUAGUUUCAUCGACGACUGUCCACAUAGUUCGGAAGCGUGUUACGACGGCGAUACAAGUAAUAGUUCUACAGACUGUAAUCUUUCGAUUCAAGAAGAAAUCGGCCGAACGACUUUACACAGGGAAUUUGACGAAACAACAUCUAGAGAGGCGAAAAAUAUAACGAAUUUUUAUCCCACAAGCAGCGAGGAGACCGUUUUCGUCGAAUCUACGAACAGCUUGAUCGACAAAAUGCUCCGAACUCCCAGAUACGAACAGUGGAUGCUUUACGGUACUGCCAAUGAGGAGUUUUGUUUCGGACAGAGUUCGGCUAGCGUGGAAGAUGUCGGCUCCGACACGGAUGUUGUAUCGGAUUGUGGGCCUAAACGGCAAAGGCACGAACAUCGGUUGUUUCGUCUUUACGACAAAAAACAGGAAGAAAUCGAAUAUGCCAGUGUGUCGAACAGGUAUACGUCCUACCCUUGUCGGACGAAGACGAAAGAAAAACCGCAAGAAGCUCGUGUCGAUGUCAGAAUGAUCGAUUUUGCGCAUACGACGUUUAUUCGUGGUUCAAACGUGGCUUGUAACUCGAGUUCCAUGGUCCACCAAGGGCCAGAUUGUGGUUUCUUAACCGGUCUCGACAGCUUAAGGCGCCUUCUCCUCGAAAUUUUAACCGAAGGGAAACACAGGUGGACCGAUAACGGUGAAAUGUUUCGCGGGUAUCGCACAAACGGACACAUGGCUGACGAAUCUCGCGUUCGUAUCGAAGACACUGGCGACCAAGUUUUCAGUACGAAACGUGGUUGGUUUCCGUGAGACCGAUCUGUACAUACGUGUUUCAAACGUUCCAUCUGUGCGUGUCGUGAACAUUCGUGAAAUACGCAGCUCGAGUGUCGCGUAAGCACAGUUUCGCUAAAAGUCUGCGAAUCGGCUAUAAUUGAUAUUGUAUUAUGUACACGCGCACACGCGUACGCCCGUGUACCACUUAAGGUGUUCCACUUAAUUCGAACAUUUCAAAUAUUUCCGCAGUUGUUGAUACUCCGAAAUGCUCGAGAGAAAAAUCGCGCUGUACGAUAAGGGAAAAACGCGUUGAUAGGCGAAUUAUUUUCAAGAAUUUCUCAAUUGCCGAUUCUGCGUCCUUUAAUAUGACGAAUCAUUAACAAUUACAAAGAUAUUUGUUAACGAGUCCUAAUCUUUCUGUGAAUGCGUCAUGUAUGUGUAUAUGCAUGUGCGUGUGUGUGUGCGUUACGCGUAUGAAUAUGAACGUAUGUAUGUAUGUAUGUAUAUAUACGUGCACUGUGAUACGUAUUUCUGCGUGAAUCCUGUUACGGGAGUAUUGUAUUAUACAGAGACAAUUCGUUGACUAGUGACCACUUCGAUAAAUGCCGAAAAUGUCUGAAUCGCGCCUCUCGCGCGGUUGUGCUAAAGAAAACUGGACUCUACAGUUAUAUGUACGUAAUAAUCGAUCAGAUUCUGCAUUUCUUCCGCUAGCCAACGAGUUAUAUUUGCAUAGUACAUAAUUAACGAUUGCAAACAAGCUGCAGAACCAACAGUUCUUUUUAAACGAACGUCCGCGAUUUAUCGUUUCUAGCGUCACGAUAGCUAAUACGAAGAAUCAUAAAUAGCAAAUUGAAAGAGAUGAUUUUACGAAAGAGAGGAGAAAUGAAAAGAAAAUUUCAUUACAAAACCGUUUUAGCGAGAAGAACGAAAUAUUCCGUUAUGAAUCCUUCUCUUACUUCUUCGUCGACUUACUACAACGAAAAUAGCGUUUUCAUUUUUGACCAUUGACCAAUAAUUCGCGUUGCCGUAGACAUUAUCGCGUGUAUUUAUUUGUAUUAUUAACAAAGUGGAACUAUUUAACGCCGCGUUUAACGCUAAACAAUAUUGUUAUGAAACGUUCAAUUGUCGACAUUUGCCGUAUAUUACGAAUGGAAAACUAUGAAAUGCGAUGCGACUGUAAAAAAUAGAAAUAAAAGUAAAAUAUACUUAAAAUUAAGAGAAAAUCUGAAUUUCUUGAUCGGAAAUACGAUGCGAAUGUAUUCGGAAUUUUAUACAAUACGUGUAUAAACAAAGAAAACGUCGUGGCUGAAAAAUGUCUAAAACGAAACAAUUAUGCUCUUUUAUUUAAUGUAAAAAUAUAUUCAUAAUUAAUGAUAACUAUUCGAUUGAUGAUAGUUGUUGCAUAAAAAAAUAACGAUAUAUACGUAAUAUACAACGUUAUGGUAUACAUAAACAUCUGUUAGUAAAGUCAAUUAUCUACUUUAAGUGUGUAUAAUUUACAAAUACAGUGGAAAGGAACUGCGAUGAAAAAUAAAAAAGAAAAAGGAAAAACAAUAUUACAACUAAUAGUUAAUUAAUAUUUAUAAAAUUAAAUUU